CGGUUCACAGAUAGUACGCGGCGCCACAACCACUUCAAAGGUUUAAAAGUGAUUUACUUCAAAUUUUCCAACAAAGUGCUGCAGAACGAAGUAGAUGAGGCUUUCCUCAACAUUCACAUACAGGAGUUGGAGCCGCGUCAGAACGUCACCAUAUCAGACGACCAUUUUAACGUGAACUAUCAAGUCAAUAGAAUUACAAGAAAUAGUCAAGGGAAUAAAGCCUCUGUGCCGUACGCCGAGGGGUCAAUUAAACUGUCCAGAAAGGAGCUGAAGACGGGGAAAUGGAUUAAGGCCAACGUCACAAACAUGGUCGCCGAAUUCUACAGGUUACCCAGGGAGAAAUUAGCCAUAGUAGUGAGGGUACAGGAGUCGAAGAACAGGAUGAAUCUGGUCGUGCCCCAUCCCAGUUCAGAAUCAAAUAACGCAUUGAUGCCGUACAUAGAAAUAAGUCUUAGAGACAAUUCGCACAAGAGGACGCGACGAAUGAUUGGAAUGGAUUGCACGGAGAAUUCCAAGGAAGUGCGAUGCUGCAGAUACCCGCUGUCUGUCAACUUCGAAGAGUUUGGAUGGGACUGGAUCAUCGCGCCGAAGCAGUACGACGCGAACUACUGCAGCGGGGAAUGCCCGUACAGUUUCUUGCAGAAGUAUCCGCACACACAUUUGGUGCACCUGGCGGCUCCACAGGGCAGCGGGGGGCCCUGCUGUGCCCCAAGGAAAAUGAGCAGUAUCUCCAUGCUGUAUUUCGAUCAUGAUUUAAAUAUAAUUUACGGGACAAUCCCCGGUAUGGUCGUCGAGAGCUGCGGUUGCUCAUAGCAACCGCAUCCUGUAGGCCCCGAGUGCGAUCCCUUGGUACCUACUAGCAUGGCUUCACCACUUCGUGGUGUGUAUGCAUUGCGAAUAACUUGGGGCUCGUUGUAGUGUCGCUUUUGCGAUGUGAUAAAAUCUGAUGAAGACUGCAAACUCUUUGUGAUGUGUGUUGUGUGCCUUGUACGUUUUGCUUUGUACAACUAGUUUAUUCAAUACUUAUUCUUGGUUCGUUUCGAUUAAUCUAGAGAUUUAAAUUGUAAAUACUUAUUAGCGUUCAUAGUUUCUCAGUCUCUGAGCUCAAACCUCACUCACGGUUUCGAUUAACAAUAACAAAAAAUAGUUUUAUAUAUAUUUCUCAUCAUUUUAUCGUCCCAAUUGCAUUUACGUGUUUAGCGCUAACCUUAGUUUCGUAAGUUUUUCAUCUGUAAGUAGAAAAUUAAUACAAUCACAGGCAGGGUAAAUCACUUCGGUCAUAAAAUGUCCGUGCUGUAAAAAUGCGAAUAAAUAGUUGUCGAUUUGCCAAGAAUGUAACAAUAAAAAAGAUUAUGCACACAAUAAGCUUUUGUUCCAUAAAAAUGUCUCAGAAAUAUUUAGUGAAAUUUCUAUAAUAACUCUUGCAAAUUCGUGUUGUUUAGAUUGGUCCUAGCCUAGAAAUUACAUAAUGAUGGAAUUUGUGAAAAUAUCUGUUUAUUUUGAAUACGAUUUUUUAAAAAUAUUCGUCAAGUGCCUGUGACGUAGCGCUUCCGUGACAGAUUGUAGCAGAAAAUCGCCAAGUCGAUGUGUCACGUCAAGAUCAAAAUUUAAUUAUAAGUAGAUAGGUAGUUUAUGUAAUUUCGAUGUAUUUUCUUGACUCUUUGUUUGGACGUCAUUCGGAUCUCGAACAAAAUUUAUUUCUUUUAGGCUUAGCGGGUGGUGCUUAAAUGUAGUAUUUUUUAAAUAAUAAACAUAGUACCUACCCUGUGUUAAAAUCGUAUUAUUGAUGACGUAGUUUGUUUAGAUGUUUCGUAUUGUAAGUUUUAGAAAAUAUAAUUUUUGUCGGGCGUUAUUUCAAAAUUAGAUCUCAUUGUGGGGCAACCAGAAUAUUGAUGUGCCUUUAUAAAGAUCUCUCAAUGUUUAUUUGGAUCGCGAAUGAAAUUUUAUACAAAAUUAGGGGUUAGGGAACUAUUUGAAUUGUCUACUGUAACUUGUCGAAAUUUUAACUAACAAUGUCGUGUAAUAAGUUUUUUAAAUAAAUUUUCAAUUCAUAUU